AUGCGAAUCGCGCUGUAUGAAGCGUGUACGGCAUUCAUUCCGACGCGGAAGCGCGUUUUGAAGCGCGCAUCGAAUUGUGCAACAAAGCGCGCGUUGAAUCCCGCGGCUGAUUGUACGUUGAAUUGCAUGUCGAAUUGCGCGAUUAGAGCUAUGCGAAUCGCGCUGUAUGAAGCGCGUACGGCAUUCAUUCCGACGCGGAAGCGCGUUUUGAAGCGCGCAUCGAAUUGUGCAACAAAGCGCGCGUUGAAUCCCGCGGCUGAUUGUACGUUGAAUUGCAUGUCGAAUUGCGCGAUUAGAGCUAUGCGAAUCGCGCUGUAUGAAGCGUGUACGGCAUUCAUACGCGGAAGCGCGUUUUGA